AUGGGUAUCUUUAGCAAGUUCGCAGCUGCAUUAGUAGCCAUUCCUUCUGCUGUACUCGGUGGCAUGACAACGUUCUUGUUCGCCUCUGUGGCGACUAGCGGUCUUCGUAUCAUCUCGACCGUCCCAUUCACUCGCCGUAACCGUUUCAUCCUCGCCGCAGCAUUCGCCCCUGGAUUCGGUGCUACUCUUGUCCCUACCUAUGUCUUCACAUACUCUGGUAGCAACCAAGCUCUGCAAGGCUUCUUCAAUGCUAUUGUACUGGUUAUGGAGGAGGGUUUCGCCCUCGCUGCCUUCAUUGCCCUCAUUCUCAACCUGAUACUGCCUGAAGAGAUGGAGGAUGAAGAUAUUCCCGAGUUGACUGCCAACAAUAUCGAUGCACCAGCAGACGAGGAAGAGUGGCGACACAUUAGAAGAGAAGACGAGAGUGAGAAGAUUUCGCCCGUCAAGAACUGA